CGCGCAGGCGCAGAUGAUGUGCAGCUUUCACCUGCUUCUUCCAGGGUUCUAAACGGACACGACCUAUACUAGUGGCUCGAAUACCCUGCAAAACACUGCGUUCAACCUUUCCGGUGAAAACACGGUAACCAGACGGUGUACUAACGCAGGUGCAGAUGUGAUGAUGGAGGACCAGGCAGCCGUGCAUUGAGCCUUCUAUGGCUGUCACCACCAUGGACACCAAGCCAGCCCAGACACCGCAACCCCAAGCUGCUCUGACGAAAGGAGGCCAGUCACUGCUGCCCGCUGGGGUUCUGAGCGGCACGUUGGGCCCUCACGGAAAGCAUUACGUUUGUGGCUCCCUCGCAGCUUUCACCAAUAUUGUUGUGACCUUUCCCAUCCAGAAGGUGCUGUUCCGCCAGCAGCUGCAUGGCGUGAUAGCCACCGAGGCAGUGCGACAGCUCCAAAGGGAUGGGCUGAGGAAUCUAUACCGAGGCUUGCUGCCCCCUCUGCUUCAGAAGAGCACCACAGUGGCCAUCAUGUUCGGCCUUUACGAGGACUUCUCGCGAGUGCUGCUCGUUCAGGUCGGCGGCAGCGGCGUGCCCGAAAUCGUCACGAGAAGCUUCGCCGCGGCCCUGGCAGGAACGGCGGAAGCCAUCCUCACGCCGUUCGAGCGCGUACAGACUCUCCUGCAAGACCAUCGGCACCACGAGCGCUUUAACAACACCGCUCACACCUUUCGAACGCUUCUGACCGAGCACGGCGUUAGAGAGUGCUACCGCGGCCUCGUGCCUAUACUUCUCCGCAACGGCCCGAGCAACGUCCUCUUCUUUGGGCUCCGCGGGCCCAUAAAGGAGCUGCUGCCAGAGGCCACCAAUAGGGCGACCCACGUGAUCAAUGAUUUUGUGUGUGGAGGGCUGCUGGGGGCCGCCCUCGGCAUUUUGUUUUACCCAUUAAACGUUGUGAAAGCCCGGGCCCAGUCUCAGGUCGGCGGGGCCUUCCAGCCUUGCAGCCAGGUGCUGUUAACAGUGUGGAGAGAGCGGGGUGGCAGCCUGGCAAUGCUGUUCCGAGGAGCCCACCUCAACUACCAUCGCUCCCUCCUGUCCUGGGGGAUCAUUAAUGCAACUUACGAGCUGCUCCUCAAGCUCCUAUGAGGGGAGGUGCAAAGCUUUUAAAGGGAAAACCCAUACAGAGGUACGGAAGAGGAACUGUCACCAAGACGGCACAGAAGUUGCACUACAGACAACGAGGGGCCAACAGUCAGUGUAUCAGCCACCAUGUUACUGUUCAGUGAAGUAUUAAGACCGAGACACCUGAGCCUUUCAAAAAAAAAAAAAAAAGAAGUGUGCCAGGGUCCAAACAUAACGUCAUUGUUUGCUCCGAAUACUGAAAAAUUGUCUUUUUUUUAAAAGUUUAACUGUUUUUGGACAAACCUGUCUAUGUUUUGUGCUGUUUUAAAGAUUGUGCCCAUCUGUUCGUCAAACCCAGUCAACUUCAAGUUCUACCUUUUCAUCACUUUUACGCUCAUUUUUUCUUUUUUUUUUUUUUUGGAACAUAAACUGUUGGCCUCAUUAUUAACUUCCGCCUUAUAUUCC